UGUACUGUAAAGAUGGAGAGUGACAACACGGUGAGGAGAGUGAAAGCGUACGGGCACCAACAUAAUGCCGCGCGGAAGAGCGAGGAGCUCCGCGAACCGUGCAGCAACAAUGGCUGCGGCGAAGUGAAGCGGAAGCCCACCGUGAGCCAGUUGCUGCUGCGCGAGGAGACCCUGCUCGUGGCCGUGGUGCUCUUCAUCUCGCUGCUGUGGGGACUCGUUCACUUCUCCUUGCAGCAGCUGGUGGUGGCGAAGCCCACCGGCGAGUUCAGCUCCACCAGGGCCAGGGAGCACUUGGACCAUAUCACGAGCGUGGGACCCCGGCCCGUGGGCAGCAGAGAGAAUGAGGUGCAAACGGUGAACUACCUGCUUGCCCAGAUUGAGAGCAUCCGGGAAGCAACUGCAGCUGGCCACCACUCCAUCUCUGUGGACGUCCAGCGGCCCACAGGCUCCUUCAGCAUUGACUUCCUGGGAGGCUUUACUAGCUACUAUGAUAAGGUUACCAAUAUUGCUGUCAAACUGGAACCUCAAGGUGGGGCCAAGCAUCUCAUGCUGGCCAACUGCCACUUUGACUCAGUGGCUAACAGCCCAGGUGCAAGUGAUGAUGCUGUCAGCUGUGCGGUGAUGCUGGAAGUUCUGCGUGCCCUGGUCAACCUCUCCACACCCCUGCUGCAUGGGGUGGUCUUCCUCUUCAAUGGGGCAGAGGAGAAUGUGCUUCAGGCAAGUCAUGGGUUUAUCACGCAACACCCUUGGGCUUCACAAAUCAGGGCCUUUAUCAACCUGGAGGCAGCAGGUGUUGGUGGCAAAGAAGUAGUCUUCCAGACAGGACCUGAGAACCCUUGGCUGGUUCAGGCAUACGUCCAUGCAGCCAAGCAUCCGUUUGCCUCGGUGGUUGGCCAAGAGGUUUUCCAGAGCGGGGUGAUUCCAUCCGACACUGAUUUUCGCAUCUACAGAGAUUUUGGGAACAUUCCAGGUAUUGAUUUGGCCUUCAUCGAAAAUGGAUUCAUUUACCACACCAAGUAUGAUACACCUGACAGGAUUCUGACCGACUCCAUACAGCGAGCUGGGGACAACAUAUUUGCUGUACUGAGACAUCUUGCUAUGUCUGAGAAGCUGGCAGAUUCCUCAGAGUAUCGUCAUGGGAAUAUGGUGUUUUUUGACCUGCUGGGUGUCUUUAUGGUGGCAUACCCAGCUCGUGUUGGCACCAUCAUCAACUACAUGGCUGCCAUGGCGACCUUCCUUUACCUUGGGAAGAAGUGUUCUUUACCUAGCAGUGGGGGUGGGCGGUAUGCCCGUGAGCUGUUCUGUGCCACUGGGCUGGCUGUCCUCAGCUGGUUUGUCACCUUGCUCUCGGUGCUCAUUGUAGCUCUGCUGGUGACACUCAUGGGCAAAUCCAUGUUCUGGUACAAUCACUUCUACAUGUCAGUCUGCCUGUAUGGUUCUGCAUCUGUGGGCAAGAUGAUCUUCAUCCACACUCUGGCUAAGAACCUGUAUUAUGGGGGCGUGCGGCGCCUUGAGCUCGCCGAUCUCUUCUUCGAUGUCAGUCUGCUGCUAUGGUGCUGCGCCCUUCUGUACCUCACACAGCGGGGUCUCUGCUCUGCCUACGUGCCCAUGCUCAUGGUGGCCUUCCCACUGGUGGGCAAGCUGCUGCUCAUAUCAGAGUUCAGAUGCAAAGGCUCAUCCUCCAAGUAUUGCAUCCUGUACCUUCUGGGCCUGGCACUCCCCUAUGUACACUUCAUGUUCCUCAUCUGGGUUGUGUUUGAGAUCUUUACCCCCAUCCUGGGACGGAGUGGUACAGAGAUCCCUCCAGAUGUAGUGCUGGCCUCCCUCAUCACCCUUGGCACCAUCUUUCUCUUCUCCUACUUGCUUCAUUUCAUCUACCUGGCCAAGAGCACAAAAUGGAUUUUGACAGGCCUGGGGACCAUCUUCAUGGUGAUGCUCAUUUUGGUGUCCUGCGGCCUGUUCUUUCCUUACUCAGCAGAUCCCACUGCUCCCCGGCCCAAGCGAAUCUUUGUACAGCAUACCACACGUAUCUUGCACCGGCUGGAUGGAACUGUGGAGAAGAGGGACUCGGGCCUCUGGAUCAACAGCUUUGACUACACAGGCAUGCGCUUUGUUACACCGCAUGUGCCGGAGAUCAAUGACACCGUGCGCACCAAGUGCCAUGAAGACCUGCCCUUUUGUGGCUUCCCCUGGUUCCUGCCCGUGAAGUUCCUGGUCAAGAAAAAUUGGUAUCUUCCAGCACCUGAAGUUACACCCAAAUCACCUCUGGAGUUCAAACUGCUCUCCAGAGACAACACAGAAUGGGGAACUACCAAGCUGUCAUUUGAAGUGAAAGGACCCAGCCACAUGUCCCUGUACCUCAUGCCUCACAGUGGAGCCAGACUGUCCGGCUGGUCCUUCGGAAACGGCACUCCGCAGUUUGACCUGGAGGGAGAGUACUUCAUUUUCUACUCUCAUGGCCUUGAUGCACCUGCCUGGAACUUCUGGUUUGAAAUUCAGCCAUCCUCUUCUUCAGAUCCGUCUGGUCCUGAAGGUAUGAUCUCGGUUGCCAUAGCGUCACACUACUUUUUCGGUGAGGACCAGAAGACACCUGAGCUGAACAGGAUCCUCAAGCGGUUUCCUGCCUGGGCCUUCCCCUCGUCCUGGGUCAGCACCUACCACCUGUACCGCUAUUGAAGGCUGACGGGACCAGCAGCUACUUCAUGCACAUAUUCGUACUACCACAACCCCUGGACUUCCCCCCCAGUGUCAGUAGGCUAGUAAUGAUUGAUCCUUUUCAAAGAUGUGUCACAUCCAGCGUGUUCUGUGAAAGGCUGUUUUCUUUUUGCCCCUUUCUUUAUGCCACCUUGAUUAUAAUAUCAACUGUCGUGCAUGUCUACCUCUCCUCACUUGUCAGCAUGCAGCAGAAAAUAUAGCUGUUAGCUUUAGGGGCCUUUGAAAAACUUUUUGUGGCUUUUUGACCGUUUUCAGAACUGCCAGACUGGAAGAGUGAACACAGCUUUAGGCCUUGAGUUUGUGCAGCAGCCUUUUAUACAAUGCAGUGAGACUGUGUUCCUUUAACACUUGAGCUGGUAACUCAACCUGGUGUCCUGAGUUGAUCACGUGAACACACAUGCCACACAGUCAAAGCUCGUCAGUAUUUCAUGACAACUUUAGUGGCCCAGUUUGCAGGGGGAAUUGCUUCGAUAAAGCCGCCAUAGCAGGCUGCUGCGUGCACGUGUGUGUCGAAUACACUCCUCAAGUCUGGCCUGCCAUCCUAUCUCCCCCUCCUUCAUCUUUCUCUCAGAACAUCAUCUAUGGCGUAAUACAGUGGGGCCAAACACAACAGCAAUAUGAACAGUGUUUCUUAAGGGAUUUGAAAGUCUAAACAAAUGUUUCCUUUUCUACAAGGGGCUCAUUUUCUGUCAAACCUUAGUCCAGACACUUGAAAGCGUCGGUGUCCUGCAGUCUUGUGUCUGUAGUGGUAAAUGUUUGUUAAUGCCGAUCUCCAGACAGGGGGUUCACGGUGCAUCCAGGUGAAAAGUAGCAACUUGCCCAUUCAGAGAUGUCUCUGAAGACCUGCUUUGAGAAACUUGUGUUUUCUAGCAAAAUACAGGAGGUUGGGCUGUACACAAACCAGCAUUAAUUUUGCACAAUGUAUGUUACUAAUGGGUCGAACUGUGUCUGGAAGGCUUGUGCAGCUCGCCACCUCACUUUAACUCUUUAUCAUGUGUUGCUCUGAUUUGGUUGCUCACAGUAUUUAUUGCUGAACUAUGCAAUGGGUCAUUCUGGCUAAUGGAAAAGGGAUAGAAUAGAGCACUGCUGCACACUGGGGGUUCCAUUUAUGACUGGAAUAUGAGCAGGUUUUUCUUUAGUUUUUUAAAAAUGUAUUUAACAGCAGUUCCAGGAUAGAAACUGAGUUCCAGAAGCUGACCUGAAUUAUUAAUAAUCAAAGAAAAAUGCAGUAAUAUGCAAGUCUUGUUCACUUCAAGGGACUGUCUUAGAGCUACACAAAAAUAAUUUUAAGAGCAUAUAGUUGACUUAAAGGUCAGAUUUAGACCUGAUGGGUGUCAUGUACUUGUGGACUGAAACUUGAUUUUACACAGGCUUCUACAGGUAAAUGUUAGUAUAAAGUAGCAGAUUGUAUGUGAGCAUUGGGUAUAUUGUACAAUACAUAGAGGUAUUCACCUCUCUACUGCACAUCCAUUCCUGCACUAGCAAUGCAACAUUCAAUAUUGUGCAUAUUACAUAUGCAUGCAAAAUAACAGAAGUAUCACUGGUGAUGGCACAAAACUUGUUUCAAUUACUGAAAUCAACCUUUUGUUUCAGGGCAUAGGAAUUUAAAUGUUUAGACACUUUAGACAGUAUUUUUUAUUGCCUAAAACUUGUUCCCUAACCGGCUUCACAAAAAAAGGAAAAAUUAAACUGACAGUUUGAUUAAAAGCAGGAGAUCCAGUAAAAAUUUUUCUGCCUUUUUUUUUUCUCUUAGUCAUUUAGUAAUGGUACUUACACAAGUAUUUGAUUACUGUAAUAAUUACAUAAAGUGGUGUUGGGUAUGAUUGGUAAGGUAACCAUACAGCUAAUCUACUUACUGUCAAACAUUUUAGACCAUUAUGUGGUCAUUAAUUAUAUUAAAUUCCAAAUGAGGUGGCUUAUGUAUUUUAAGUCACGAUUUAAACUAGAAUACCACUCUAUACACUGUGUGGUUCAGUGUGUUUGUUUUUUUUUUUGGGUGUGUGAUUGUAAUGUCAGAUGAGUUCUUAAUACUGUGAAAGUAAUGCUUUUCUGUGUGUUUUAAGGUAACUUGUUUGCAAAGAACCUGGUAUUGUGUGUCACAAUUUUCAGUUAUACUUUUUUGAAACCCUAGAAAAGUAGCUGAAUUUUAUAUAUGCAGUACUGCAAAAAAGUCACAUUCACCUCUGUUUGAAUGUGCAUAAGUUAAUACCAUCAUGGUGUGGGUAUUUAUUUGAAGAUAUGUAAUAUUUCAUA